AUGUCAACCAUCAUGGCAUCGUCACCUACACACACUCCGCCGCCCUCCACGGUCCCGCGGCCAAAGGGUAUUCUCAAGAACUCGUACCGUAAUUCUCCGCCCGCGGGCCCAACUUCCCCCCUCGACACCCACCACCAUGAUGCGGCUCACCCUCCGCCACUUAUCCACAUGCCCUCUUCCGCCAAGGAGGCCAAAGAAAUCACCAUCAUGAACACUCAGAUCAAUGCCGGACCCCGCCGCUCCUCGUCUGUCGCCGGAUCGCGGCCUGGCCUCAGUGGUUCUCGCCGUUCGACAACGCCCAGCCACCACGGCGACGAAGACUCGACGGAGCAAGGCCAGCGCCUCAAGUGGGACGAGGCGAACCUCUACCUCACGGAGCAAGAGCGGUCCAGCACCAUGAAGAUUGACGAGCCCAAGACGCCCUAUGCCAAGCACUACGACCCCGCCGAGGACCCAUCGGACGACGACGAGGAAGUCCCAGAAGCCAUCGACCCUAACAAGAUCGACAUGGAUCGCGUGGAUGGCCUGUCGCCUCUUCCUAGGCAGAACAAGCGCAGGCACGGCAACAUUGACGACGAGAUCCCUGGCCUCUCGCUCGGCGAGCCUGAGGAGGCGGUGCCUGAGGCCGGCUUCCCUUUUGGCAAGGGCGCUACUGCCCAUUCCGAAGAUGGCGGCUCCCCCAAGCGUCCUAGAGCUGUGCACGUUGAUAGCAACGGCAGCGGCCAUGAUCCCGAUGAUGAACUGGUCGGCCUCAGCGCCGAAGAGAGAGAGAAGCAUCGCAAGUUUGAGGAGAUGCGCAAGAAGCACUACGAGAUGAAGAGCGUGGCGUCGCUACUUGGUCACCCUGAGAAUCUGGAAGAUGAGGACGAAGAAGAUGAGGAUGAGGAGAUCCCUGAGGUGCCGGCUCUCCCGACAAGGUCCAAUGGAUCGUCGUAG